AGAAGCAUCACGGAAGAGGGAGAGGUUCUGACGGAUCAGCAGCCGGCUAACAGCUAACAGCUAACAGCUAACCAGAGAAACACCAGAACAACCCGGUACUACCAGAACUACCAGAACAACCCGGUACUACCAGAACUACCAGAACAACCCGGUACUACCAGAACUACCAGAACAACCCGGUACUACCAGAACAACCCGGUACUACCAGAACUACCAGCUCUUCAACCAGGAGUUUAAUCAGGUCCAUUGGUCAGACAGACUCCAGACUGAAGUAUCAAGAUGACAGCUGCACCUUACAACUACUCCUACAUCUUCAAAUACAUCAUCAUCGGUGAUAUGGGAGUAGGGAAGUCGUGUCUGCUGCACCAGUUCACAGAGAAAAAAUUCAUGGCGGACUGCCCUCACACCAUCGGGGUGGAGUUCGGGACCAGGAUCAUGGAGGUCCACGGUCAGAAGGUGAAGCUGCAGAUCUGGGACACGGCCGGUCAGGAGCGCUUCAGGGCCGUCACCAGGUCCUAUUACAGAGGGGCCGCCGGGGCCCUCAUGGUCUAUGACAUCACCAGGAGAAGUACUUAUAAUCACUUGAGCAGCUGGUUGACGGACGCCAGGAACCUGACCAACCCAAACACAGUGAUCAUUCUGAUCGGUAACAAGGCCGACCUGGAGGCUCAGAGAGACGUGACGUACGAGGAGGCCAAACAGUUCGCUGAGGAGAACGGUUUGCUGUUUCUAGAGGCCAGCGCUAAGACAGGGGAGAACGUGGAGGAGGCGUUCCUAGAAGCGGCAAAAAGGAUUUACCAGAACAUCCAAGAUGGCAGUCUGGACCUGAACGCUGCCGAGUCGGGAGUCCAGCACAAGCCGUCUGCGCCGCAGGGAGGCCGCCUGAACACCGACAGCCAGCCGGCCAAAGAAGGCUGCAGCUGCUAACCACGAACAGGAACUACAGACCCAUCGAUCGGACGGAGGCAGACAGACACGUACGCAGAGAUCCACCAUGCGUCUUCUAUCCAGAGUGCGUCAAACGGGAUUUAGCUGGAUUACAUUUAACAGUCCAACCACCUGAAUCCAGACCUCAGUUCAGUACCCAAACCAGGUUCAACCAUCCUCCACCCAAUCAGACUUUACCAGCUUUGGUUAAAUCAGGACACCCUCAACCAAAUCAGCAGAUCAGUCUCAAAUUUGGAUCAGUGUUGGACAUCUCCCACAUCAGGACCACCCCAGAUCACUGUCGGCAUCAAAUGAAUCCCUAAUCCCUGACCACUCUUGGUCCACACUUGGAUCAUGCUGGUCUCGUUCCAGCUCAGUCACUAUGCCCAUCACCACACAACCUUUUCCCCCAAAACUGGACUACCCUCCGGACCUUCUAGGGUUGGAGCGCUGUUGGCCAGACUCAGGUGUCCAAAUUUGGUCGUACCUCAAAUUUGGACAACCCUUGUUCCAAGAGACAAAUAAAGAUACAAGGCUCAAGUCAACCCACAACCCAGGACUGGACUGUACUUCACCAAAAGGGGUCGCCUUAGUUCUAAAUCUGGACAUGGCAAUGGACAGAUGCAGAGCCUAGGCUUAAGAUGGACCCCUAGUCCAAGUCAAGACUGCCCUCAGCUCACAUCCAGGUAUGCUUGACCUAAAGAUACAGCUCUAAGCCCAUCACUAGACAACCUUUUUCCUGUACGACCCCUCCGGACCCCGUCUCUUCCAAGUCUGGAGCCUGUCGACCAGAUCUGGUCGUACUUCAAAUUUGGACAACCCUUGUCCCAAGAGACAGAUAAAGAUACGAGGCUCAUACCUACAGCCUAAGUCUGACUACACUUCACCAAAAUGCGGAUCAACCAAAUUCUAACUUUGAACAUUCCUAUGGACAAAUUCAGAGCCUUGGCUCAAGUUAGACUGCCCUUGGUUCAAAUUGAGACCACCUUCACCCCACAUCCAGACUCGCUUAGCCCAAUGGUAGGCCAAGCUGGACCGUUGUAAGCCCUGAAUAGGACCACCCUUAGCCCACCACCAGACAACCCCUUUUCCCGAAACUGGACUACCCUCUGGACCUUCUAGGUUUGGAGCGCUGUUGGCCAGACUCAGUGAGGUUUGUCCAAAUUUGGGACGACCCUGGUCACACUUGUUAAACACUGAUGACCCAAGAGACAAAGAAAGGUACAAGGCUCAACCAAAUUCCAACUUUGAACAUUCCUAUGGACAGAUUCAAAGGCCCAAAGGUAGGCCAAGCUGGACCGUUGUAAGCCCAGAAUAGGUUCUGGCCUAUCACCAGACAAGUAUUUUCCCCAAGACUGGAUCAGAUUCAAGUGAGGGUAGUCCAACUACCUUCAUCCCAAAUGUGAAACACCAAUGAGACAAAGAUUCAAUGCUUGAAUUCGGACAAACCUGCAGCCAAAAUCUGGACUACCCUUCACUAAAAUGCGGAUCACCCAAGUUCCAACUGCGGACAUUCCUAUGGACAGAUUCAGAGCCUCGGCUCAAGCCGGACUGCUUCUCAGUCCAAAUCAAGUACCACCUCCUGUCCAAAUCUUCAGAUUUAGCUAUAAUCUAAUCUGCUAUAAAUCCAGAUCGUCUAAACGCCCAACUCUGACGUUCACGUUUUGAUAUGAGCUUUUGGAUUUGGAGUUGUAUUCAUGUCUUAUACCUGUGUGAUAUCCCAUCAUUUGUUGUUCGGUUGGAAAAGUCUUAAAGAUUCAUGCUUCAAAUCCAUUAACUCUUAACACGGAGUGGCCUGGACGUCUGAACUCUGGUUCCUUUAGAAAACAUGUCUUCUUCUGCUUCAGUUCAUGCCAACGAACCCCUUAUCUCACUUCAUCCUCAUGCCUGAGUUUACAAACAACACUUGAAACAAGAAGCCGUUGCCCCUUCGAACUUCUGGCCCGUUGUAUUUCCACCAUAUUGGUAACGUGGAUCAGAAGACGCAUUCACUCUGUAGUUGUUGACGUGGAUUGGCGACUUCUGAAUCUGUUGUCCUUGUGGUCAAAUGCGUUUCUGGAGGCGUUCCAGUGAUAUUCACACCUGGAGCUGAUGAUGUAGUUUUACUUGUUUGACUACCGGUCACCUCGAACGCAGGUUAAAGGGGUACUCCGUGCUUGUUACCACUCAACCUCUGGAAAUACUUGUAUAAUGUCUUCUGUGGCUACGGAGGGUAUUUCUAAAGUCUGCAAAAAUAACUCAGAUGAUGUAAUUUGGCCUCAAUAAGCAAAGGCAGCGGGUGUGCAGUUUGAAAAUCGUGGGCAUUCACCCGUCAUGGUGGGUCCACCGAUAGGCGGUUCCGAGUUGCUUCACGAGAAUUGUAGGAUCAAGGGUUUUUGGAGUUUGUCCCGUGUUAUGUUUUAAAUGUCAGGAUAUCUUAAACAUGCACACAUUGCAGGUCUAACCGAUCCAAAACUGACCUGAAACCCGAAUACAAGGUGCAUAAAAAUUAAUUUUCAAAAAAGAGACCAAUCCGAAAGGUUCCCGAGGACACUAAGACCCCGACCGUCAAAAUUAGACUGAAUAUUAUUUGGACCCGGCCUUACUUGGGUUUUUGGGUCCAGAUCCUUAAAGACCUCUAACAAACAUUCACAGACAGGAACCCCAAACCCACCAUAUCCACACUUUGCCUUUUUUAAAAAUCGAAAAUAUUUUAACUAAAUAAAUAACUGAAGGCGACUCUGAAUAUUGAUCGUUCUCUGGAGAGAUAAAGCAGCUGAUUGAUGAAGGUGAUGAUGAAGAAUAAAAUGACUUACCUGAACCAGAAUGUCACUACUGGUCCCGCAAUGGAUCACAAGUUCAGGAUAGAUUUUUAUUAAAUUUCUUGUUAAUGUUGAUUUUUUUUUUUUUUUUCUAACGUGUUUCCAAAUAUAUAUAUUACAGUAUAUUUUCGAUGUCACAGUUCCCCCUGGUGGCCACUUUUUUUGUGUCCCUCCUGAUUAAGAGCGUACCGAGGGAAGAAAAACGUGGAAGCAGAUUCUUUUAAUUUAUUGCUGCCUGUUUUUGUUUUGUUUGGUUUUCUUGUUAAUGUUAGGACAGGAUUCUGGUUCAUUACAGCGAAGUUAGCGUAACGAUGCGUUCACACCAAGAGAGAAGCAAAUUUUUGCCUCGCUUUACUCGCGCAAGGUUAACCGCCGGUACCAUCUAUGUUCAUUCGCUCUAGGCGCUCCGGAGAGGAGGAGGAGCUUGUCUCCAUGGAUACCAACAACUUUUCUUUCCUCCAUCAACCAUGGAAGAAAUAACCACUGUUGCUGCUUUGUACAUGUUGGUGAAGUCCCAGAUAUGUCAGAAAACCAAACGCCGUUGUGUCUGGGUUGAUAACGUCACCCGGCGGCGAGCUAUAUUCACAUACAGCGCCGAAAUAACCACAACCGAAUUCAUGCUUUGUCAGGUCUGUUACCAUGACGACAAACAGACAACUUUUAAAAUGCUUGUUUUCUGAAUGGAGUCUGGAUGGAUCAGUGCCAGGCUUUGCAGCUGCUCCAUCAACGUGUCUAUUUGCUUCUUUGCAUUGACUUUGCAUGUAAUCACGCCGCACAAAAAGUUUGCUUCGCUCUUGGUGUGAGCAGACAAUAAGAGUUGCAACAACAACAAAAAUCUUACAGACACAUUAUGACUUUUUUUGUGAGAAAAUUCUGCCUUCCAACAAAACGUCCAACUAUUUUUCUUAUAAGUGUGAUCUGAUUCAGCUCAAACUGGCCGAGCCUCGAUAUCCUGAAGUGCUUUAAAGUUUCAUCAGCUAAAUGACUCAAUGAUUAAAUGUUUAUAGAGUGAUCCCGGCGCUACACGAACCAGUUCUCCCAGUCUAUCUAACUGGAUCGGUCAGUAAAUUCUCUUCCUUAACAAGCAUUCCAGCGCUACGCAGCUACAGAACAGAAACACCAACAUUGUAGCUCUACUUAACUUUCACUUUUUAAAUAUUUCAAAGCCGUAUUCUUUGAUUUUUAUGGUCACUAGAGAUAAAACCAAAACAAGCCGACGUAUGCACGCACAGUUUAACACUUAAUGUUUCAGCUUUGACCUGAUAUGAUGGAUUAACGUCACAUUUACACUAAAUGGAUCAGCGGUCCAGUUUAAUGAGCAGUGUCUCUCCAGCACUGUAAAAUAAUAAUAUUAAAACAUUAAAACUGAUUAAAUACUGAGAAGUUUUAAAAAGCCUGAGAAAUGUUUCCCCUCGAAGUCCGAAUGAUUCCCAGAAGAAACAAACGUCACCAGCAGGUUUAUCUGAUGAAUCAAAGUAGAACAUUUAAUUCAAAUCAAGGUGAUUAAAGAAGCCUUAUUUUUGUCUAUUUACCUUCAAUCAGUUGAUAAACUUGAUCUUUACGUAUUUUAAUACCACAUUAUUUUUUGUUUUCUUUGUUUUUGUCUUGUUAGUGCCACCGUAUGUAUAAUCAUUUUUUCAGAAUUAUAAAAAUACUAAUUGCAAGUCACAAUUAUGAGAUACUCUGUCAACAUUUAACUUUCUAGGACAAAGCUAUGAAAUAAUGAACUUCAAUUUGUCAAAUUAAUCAAAGUCCAUUUUGAUUCACGUACUGGCUCAUAAUCAAGAUUUAAAAAGUCUAAAUCUUUACUUUGUAUCACCAUUUUUAUUUAUAUUAUCCUGAAUAUUUCUCAGUUCUUUUCCUUUUCUAACAGAAAUACAUUUACCUUUUUUUAAAAAAAAAUAAUCUAAAUUUGGCACAAGUGACUUAUAAUCCAACAAUUUUGACAUAAAAAGUCAUAAAUUUGACUUAAAGUGAGUUUAAAAAAAUAAAUAAAUUAGUUGUUCACUGUUUGAAUAUAUAAAUUGUAAUUAUGAACACACUGUUUAUUGUUGACUCAACAGAUGACUUAUUGGUGACAUUUUGUCUCCUCUGGGCCUCCGUACAGUUGUUCUGUAACUUCUGAAUGAACGUUAUGAGAGGAAGUAAUUUUCCUGCCCGACCCUCCGGUCCAGAUUCUGGUCUCGCUCAGAUCUGGUGUACAGUCCCAGCUGAAGUGUUGAAGGAUAUUAAAGACAGCGCUGUUUGUCUGUCCAGGCGUCUCUGAGGACAUCUGGACCACUAACAGUGUCCACAUCCGUCUGAACAGGGAGUGAUUUCACUCCUCGUCGUCCUCUGAUUGGUCGAACAGCAGCCUUCAGCUGUGAUGGUUGAUUUAUGAAUGAAGCCACUCAGACUUUAAUGUUUUCACACAUCAUCACUUAAUAACCUGCACGUUGAUUUAGCUGGGAAACAAGGACAGAAAAAAUGUUUGUUUCCUCAUUGACGCGUUUUCAAAUUUUACUCGUAAAGAUUUUAACAAGUUUCCAGAAACCAAAGGGUCACAAAAUCACUGAAGAAGAAAAACAUAAAGUUGUGUUGUGACCGCCGCCUUAAGCUUCCCUCGCCAAAGGAAAACAUUUAAUUUAUGAAAAUAUUCAAAAGUUUAUUAAAACGCUGCAGCAGUGCUCGUCCUGUAGGUGGCAGCGUUGUCGCAGUGUAAUUGCCUUUUAAAUGGAAAAACUACGUCAGUUUAAAGAUCCCUGAUCUCGUCACAGCGCCCCCAAAUUCCUAAAAUUAGUAUGUUUAACAUUUCAAAUGAUUGCACUGAUCAGCCAGACGGAGGCGCUGUAAUCAGGCUGAAAGUGAAUAAAUCUACAAGCCACAGAUCUCCGGUUUCCCCCCCGCUCCUUGCUGGCUGUAAAACGCUCUGUACAUUUUAUUCUUUUUCUUUCCUGUAACGUCUGUUGAUUUUCUGUCUGCUAAAGUAAAAAAAAAAAAAAAAACAUGCUUCUUUAUGAUUCUUUGACUAUUUAUACUCUAAAUCUGUAAUGAUUUUCUUCUUCAGCUCUACCUUUUCAUUGUACAACGGCGGGGAUUCAGUUAUUUGUAAAUAAAGUAUAUAUACUGUAUAUA